UUCAAAACCACGCGGAAUUCGAACACUGAUCAACAGAGCUUCGUUCUGUCCUCGUUUUUGCCUCCCGCUAAGUAAAUCAAGAAAGGCCAUCCUGAGGAGCAUUUCAGAUUGCUGAAAUUGAGAGAUUAACCACGGGUCUGGCACCAAAAAAAGGUUCAACACUCCACAAACAUAAUAAUCUGCACACUAGCACAUGUCAGACAUUUGCAGAAAGAUAUGAAAAAGGAAAGAACUCACCACUGCUCAGAAUGUGGGUUGAGUUUUUUUCAACAGAGAAGUCUCCAGCGACACCAGCGUGUUCACACAGGAGAGAAACCAUUUUGCUGCUCAGAGUGUGGAAAGGGUUUUACUACACAGAGCGCUCUAAAGGAACACCAGCGUAUUCACACAGGAGAGAAGCCGUAUCUCUGCACAGACUGUGGAAAAAGUUUCACUCAACAGGGUGUUCUCCAACAACAUCAGCGUAUUCACAGAGGAGAGAAGCCAUAUCGCUGCUCAGAGUGUGGAAAGAGUUUCACUCAGCAUGGUAAUCUCCGUGCACACCAGCGCAUUCACACAGGAGAGAAGCCAUAUCACUGCUUAGUGUGUGGGAGUAGUUUUACUGUAUCAAGUGCUCUCCAGAAACACCAGCGCAUUCACACAGGAGAGAAGCCAUAUGUCUGCUCAGAGUGUGGAAAGAGCUUUACGUUUCAUCAUAAUCUCCAACAACAUCUGCGCAUUCACACAGGAGAAAAACCACAUCGCUGCUCAGUAUGUGGAAAAAGUUUCACUCAACAGGGUAAUCUCAAAUAUCACCAGCGCAUUCACACAGGAGAGAAGCCAUAUCGCUGCUCAGAGUGUGGGAAGAGUUUCACUCACCAGAAUAGUCUCCAUACACACCAGCGCCUUCACACUGGAGAGAAGCCAUAUCACUGCUCACUGUGUGGGAAGAGUUUCACUCACCGGAGUAGUCUUCAUAAACAUCAGCGCACUCACACAAGAGAGAAGGCAUAUCACUGCUCAGUUUGUGGGAGUACUUUUACUGUACUGAGGGCUCUUCAAAAACACCAGCGUAUUCACACAAGAGAGAAGCCAUAUGUCUGCUCAGCAUGUGGAAAAAGUUUUGCUCAUCUGUACCAUUUCCAACGACACCAGCACAUUCAUGUAAAGAAGACAUAUGUCUGCUCACAGUGUGGAAAGGUUUUUAGUCUAUUGUGUCAUCUCCGUACACACCAGCGCAUUCACACAGGAGAGAAGCCGUAUCUCUGCACAGAGUGUGGAAAGAGUUUUACUAUACAGAGUAAUCUCAAACAACAUCAGCUCAUUCACACAGGAGAGAAGCCAUAUCACUGCUCAGUGUGUGGGAAGAGUUUUAUUCAACAAAGUACAUUUAAACAGCAUCAGCGCAUUCACACAGGAGAAAAACCAUAUCACUGCUCAGCAUGUGGAAGGAGUUUCUCUCACCGCAGUAGUCUCCAACGACAUCAGCACAUUCACACAGGAGAGAAGCCAUAUCACUGUUUAGUGUGUGGGAAGGGUUUUAGUCAACAGAGUAGUCUCCAAGGACAUCAGCGUAUUCACACAGGAGAGAAGACACAUCAUUGCUCAGUUUGUGGAAAGAGUUUUAUUCAGCUGGGUAAUCUCCAUGUACACCAGCGCAUUCACACGGGAGUGAAGCCAUAUCACUGCUCAGUGUGUGGGAGUAGUUUUACUGUAUCAAGUGCUCUCCAGAAACACCAGCGCAUUCACACAGGAGAGAAGCCAUAUGUCUGCUCAGAGUGUGGAAAGAGCUUUACUUUUCAUCAUAAUCUCCAACAACAUCAGCGCAUUCACACAGGAGAAAAACCACAUCGCUGCUCAGUAUGUGGAAAGAGUUUCACUCAGCAGGGUCAUCUCCAAUAUCACCAGCGCAUUCACACAGGAGAGAAGCCAUAUCACUGCUCAGAGUGUGGGAAGAGUUUCACUCAGCAGAGUAGUCUCCAUACACACCAGCGCCUUCACACAGGAGAGAAGCCAUAUCGCUGCUCAGAGUGUGGGAAGAGUUUCACUCAGCAGAGUAGUCUCCAUACACACCAGCGCCUUCACACAGGAGAGUAGCUGCAUCACUGCUUAGUGUGUGGGAAGAGUUUUAUUCAACAGAGCAGUCUCCAGUAUC